AUGGCCCAAUUCAAUUCACGUUCUGGCUCAGAGAGCCCUUUCGGAGCGGCCAAUGGCGGGCAAUCCAUCCAGAGGAGCAAGAGCAGAAACGGCAGCACUAAGCGAUCUCGCGAAGGAGAGUCAGACCCCGCCGGGCCAAAUGGUACCCAUGCAAUCGGAGAGCGUCGGUCUAGCGUCAGCAAGCCGGCGCGAGACUUCCGCGACGAGCCGCCUAAGAAAAAGAAGAGGAAAAAGGUCCGGGAUGUUGCGCCUGUGGAGGAAGCCGGCGAGUCAUCGACACGGUCGCCCAGCCCCGUCAUCGACUUUGACGGCCUCAGCCGACCCAGCGUCGGCACACGGGAACGCUUAGAGGAGAGCGACGAGCAGAGCAAAAACCGGCUGGAACGGAUGAAGGGCGCCGUCAGGACGCUGCUCGAGUGCGUGGGCGAGGAUGCGGACCGUGAAGGCUUGCUGGCGACGCCGGAACGGUAUGCCAAGGCCCUGCUUACCUUCACCAGGGGGUACCAGGAGAACGUGCGCGACAUUGUCAACGGCGCCAUCUUCCAGGAGGGCCACAACGAAAUGGUCAUUGUCAAGGAUAUUGAAAUCUUCAGCAUGUGCGAGCACCACCUGGUGCCGUUCACGGGCAAGAUGCACAUUGGCUACAUUCCGGCCAACGCUGUGAUUGGCAUUUCCAAGCUGCCGCGCAUUGCCGAGAUGUUUGCGCGCAGGCUGCAGAUCCAGGAGCGCCUGACCAAGGAGGUGGCCAAUGCCAUCAUGGACGUCCUCAAGCCGCAGGGUGUUGCUGUCGUCAUGGAAUCGAGCCACCUCUGCAUGGUCAUGCGGGGUGUUGAGAAGACGACCACUUCGACCAUAACAAGCUGCGUCUUGGGGUGCUUUGAGCGCAAGGAGAAGACGAGGAACGAAUUCUUGAGCCUGAUUGGCGUCAACCGCCGCUGA